CCUUCACCUCCUCAUUCCGCCCCAAAUCAUGGCUUCUCAGUCCAAGGCAGCGGACUACAUUACGAAACAGCUGUAUACGCAGAAGAAUAUAGUCACCUACCGAUCCCUCAGCCGCGCGCUGAGCAUUCAUGUUAAUGCGGCGAAGAAUGAACUCGCCCGCUACCACGCCGACGGCGCCAAGUACCCCACCACACCCGUGGCAACCUACCUCGUCAGUGGCCCGAUCGCGCGCGUCCGGAAGUCAGAGUACGACGAUACUAUGGACAUCGACACACCAGAGGAGCAAGAAGACGAUGGCUUUAGCGACGACGACGCUGAGGACGCGGAGGAGUUCGCCAUGAUACUGGCGAGGGAAGGGGAUUUGGAAGAAGUGAAGAGGCAAUUUGUGCGCGUACAGGCCGUGCAUGUGUAUAGUUUGUCUCCGGCGGCGAUUCAUGACGCAGGCCUUCUCACCACACCCACCGCGGAAGUCGUGCGCAAGAUCGACGCGGAGAAGGAUCACGCAUUCGCCGAGUCCGUUGGCAGGAUUAUCAGCCAGGCCGUGAAGGAUGCCCCACCCAUCAAAGACACCCCCGCCGUCGCACCAGCCAAAUCCAAGGCCAACGCGCGCUCCGCACCAGGGUUGAAGCCUAAGCUGAAGGCGAAGGAGGACGAGAAGAAGGAUGAGGGGAAGAAGGCGGAUGCGAGCUCAUCCAAGGACGACAAAGCGAACCCCUCGAAGGACGACAAGGCGAAGCCCAAGCCCAGCGGGAAGAUCGAGUUCAAGAAGCGGGCGGACACCGACGACAAGAAGAAGGCUGAGGAACCCAAGGAGGAGAGCAAACCGAAGAAGGUGAACUUCUUCGCGGCGCCGGCGGGGGCGGGGAAGAAGGCGAAGGAGCCUGGGGUGAAGAAGACGGCUGAGCCGGCAGGGAAGAAGGCAGCUGAGCCUGCAGCGAAGAAGGCAGCUGAACCUGCAGCGAAGAAGGCAGCUGAGCCAGCGGUCAAGAAGGCCGAGCCGACAGUGCUGAAGUCGGACUCAAAGAGGGCAGACGAGGAGAAGGCUGCAGCGAGGGAGGAGGAGGAGGAGGAGUCAGACUCCGAGGACGGCAAGAGGAAGUCGAAUAAGGCGAUGGCUGCUGAGGUCAAGCGCGGCACAAAACGCAAGUCCAACGCCAUGAAAGUGUCUGACGAUGACAGCGACGCCGCCAAACCCUCUGCCUCGUCCUCCAAGGAUGGGCAGAACUCGACGAAGGUCGGCCCGCCGAGGGGCAAGAAAAAGUUGGCGGAUAAGGUGAAAGAGGCGCAGGAGAAGUCGGAGAAAGAGAGGCAGGCGAGGGCGGAUGCGGAGAAGGAGGCAAAGACCUCCAACUCUGAGGCAGCGGCGCCGAGACCACAAGGUGGCCGUCUGCGCAACCGUCGUGUGCUGGACUCGGACGAGGAAGAUGAGGAUGAGGCCCCGACGAAGCCCUCAAGACGAAAGAAUGUGGUGGACUCGGACGAUGAGCGCAAGCGGGAAUUGGAGAAGAUGAUGGAUAUUGAUGAUGACGAAGUCAUCCGCGUCAGCCGCCUGCAAAAAGGCAAAGCCCGCGCCAUCGACGUCGAUGAGGACUCGGACGAAGCAGACACCACGCCCCCGCCGCAUGUUCCCGACUCCGAGCCCGCGCAGUCCGAGCCUGACGAUGACUUGCUCGCCCGAGAGGAUGAGGAUGACGAGUCGGACGUCGACAUGGGACAUGCGCUGGACAAGACGACGCGGAAGAAGCGCAAGUCGAAGAAGGAUAUACCGCUCGGGCGCAAUGGGCUAAAGAAGCGGCGUGUAAUGCGCUCGCGUUCGACGGUGGAUGCGAAGGGGUAUAUGGUCAAAGAAGACUACUCGUCUUACGAGUCCGUAUCCGAGGAUGAAGGGGAGCCUGCGUCAGAAGCAGAGAAGCCCCAACCGAAAGGCAAGGGCAAGGCAAAAGCGAAGGCGCAGGAAACGUCGGGAGAGGAAGACGUCGUGGAGGUCGAGAAGACAGGACCACCGAAGAAGUCGAAGGCGAAGGAGGUCAAAGAGGAGAAGCCGACAAAAGAGACCAAGGAGAAACCCAAGGAGGACAAGCCGAAGCCGAAGAAGGCGCCAGCGAAGGGGAAGGGGCAGCAGGGGAAGAUCAUGAAUUUCUUUGGGCCUCCGAAGACAAAGAGCUAAGUAGCCGUCGACGUAUGGCUACCCUUGGUCUGCAUCCACUAUCGUCUUCUGUAUCUCCCUUCGCACCUACUCACAUUACUGAAUCGAUGCACGUUUGAGGGCGUUCACAUUCCAGCGAUCUUCAGACCGCAGCUUGUCUAUUAUGCAGAGUAGGUUCUAGACACAUUCAAUGGGCUUC